CGGGUGGUGAUUUCACCGGGCUGAAUCAGUGCCUUGGAGUCACCCUGCAGACCCAAGGGGCCUUGCAGGUGCAGGGCAGGCGAGCAAUGCUCUCCCGUCCUUGGGUGCGUGGGCUCUUCCCAUGCUUGGCGGGAUGGGAGUGACCCCACCCCUGCAGCUGGCCAGCGUCCGCAUGUGCAUGCUUCUGUCAGGGAUUUGCAACUUGGGGACCCAAGAGGAAGGAGCAGGGACAGCCUGGGCUUGGGGAGAACAGCAAAGCCCAUCAUCCCAGAGGUCAGGAACCAGCUUGGAAUGCGCAUCAGCCAGCUCUCUGGGACUGUGACAACACGCCUGAGAUAAUCGACGUAUAAGGAUGGAAGGGACGGGGACCUUCGGGCGCGUGCACUUGGUGAAAGAGAAGGCUGCUAAGAACUACUUUGCCCUCAAGGUCAUGAGCAUCCCCGAGGUCAUCCGCUUGAAGCAGGAGCAGCAUGUUCACAACGAGAAGUCGGUCCUCAUGGAAGUCAACCACCCCUUCCUCGUCAAGCUGUUCUGGACGAGCCACGACGAUCGCUUCCUCUACAUGCUGAUGGAGUACGUGCCGGGCGGCGAGCUCUUCAGCUACCUGCGCAACCGCGGCCGCUUCCCCUGCAGCACGGGGCUCUUCUAUGCCACCGAGAUCGUGUGCGCCAUCGAGUACCUCCACUGCAGGGACAUCGUCUACAGGGAUUUGAAGCCGGAGAACAUACUCUUGGAUCGGGACGGCCACAUCAAGCUCACGGACUUCGGGUUCGCCAAGAAGCUGGUGGACAGGACGUGGACCCUCUGCGGAACCCCCGAAUACCUCGCCCCUGAAGUCAUCCAGAGCAAAGGCCACGGGCGGGCCGUGGACUGGUGGGCUCUGGGCAUCCUCAUCUUCGAAAUGGUGGCAGGGUUCCCCCCGUUUUUUGACGACAACCCAUUUGGCAUCUAUCAGAAAAUUCUCGCAGGGAGGAUAGAUUUCCCAAGGUACUUGGAUUUCAGCACGAAAGACCUCAUUAAGAAAUUGCUGGUGGUGGACAGGACCAAGCGCCUGGGCAACAUGAAGAACGGCGCCAAUGACGUCAAGCAGCACCGGUGGUUCCGCGCUGUGGACUGGGACGCUGUCCCCCAGAGGAAGCUGAAGCCCCCCAUCAUACCCAAGUUAUGCAGCGAUGGCGACACCUCCAACUUUGAGACGUACUCUGAGAACGACUGUGAGACGACUUUGCCGGUGUCAGAAAAAGACUUGGAAAUCUUCAAGAAUUUCUGAGGAUUCGAACUCACGUUUUCGGAAGGAACACGUCAGCCUGCCCAGGACCAAGAACUUCACCUCCGUCGGCCCAAAGAAAUGCUCUCUCUUGGUGCGAGGAGGACUUUGCGCACUUAUGGACGCCCAACUGUAUAUAGAGGUCGGGGGACAGUUGAGAUUUCACGGACGGGGCAAUUAUGGAAGCGACUGGAACCUUCUCCUGCGCCGUAGGAAACGGGUUGUGGGGGUUUUUAAUCGUAACCUGUUAGCAGCUGUGCUUCUACUGUGCGUUGGUUGGUUUUCUUGGACUCGAACCUGCAACCAGACCCGCCGGCUCGUAACCACAGGUUGUGCGUGUGUGCGUGCGUGCGUGCGUGAGUGUGUGCGUGCGUGUAAGGGCUUCUCCUUGGCCAAACCUAUUCUUUUCAGUUUUUAAAAAUCCUUUGAAAAAGAAAUGGGUCGCCUCGGAGACAAAGCUCAAAUCUAUGAUGGGUGCAUUUAAAAAAAAAAUAAUUCCCCUAACACCGUCUAUGCAUUUUAUAGAUAUUUAUGGAGUUUUUCUUCCAUAUCGAUGGGACUUUCUCUCUGGACGCUUUACACUUUGGAAAUGCAAAACGGAGAGGGUGCGGAUUGGAGCAGCCGGAGACGUGCUAAAAAUUUGGAAUGCAAUCUUGACUCUUUUUUUUUUUUUUUCUUUUUAAUGCCUUUGGGGGAUUGAACCCGCUGUGCCUGAGCUCCACGCUCGGCCCCCAUCUCUGAACGGUUCAUCAGAGAAGGUUCUGGACUUAGAAGAUAAUGUCUCUUCCUGGCCUUUGCCUCCCAAACUCAAUCUAUUGAUUCAUUUAAUAAUUAAUCUGUUAGAAAUAAAUCAGCCAGCUGUCUGUAUACCUGGAGUGUCCCCUGUGAGCAGAGUAACAAAUGGUACCUGGACACAUGAGUCCUGGGGACUCCCUUAUUUUUUGUGCCAGGGAUUGAACUCAGGGGUGCUUAACCACAGAGCCCUGUCCCCAGCCCUUUUUUAUAUUUUAUUUAGAGACAGGGCCUCCCUGAGUUUUUUAGGGCCUCCUUUUGGCUGAGGCUGGCUUUGAGCUCACGAUCCUCCUGCCUCAGCCUCCUGAGCCCCUGGGAUAACAGGUGGGUGCCUCCGCACCUGGCUAGGUUUUUAUUUUAUUUUAUUUUUUUUAUCCACCCAUUUAAUACUGGAAAAAAAAAAAUCCAAUGUGCAGAAUCACGGGUGACCGGAUUCUUCCGUGAGAUUGCAGUCAGCCCCCCGACGAUGCAGAGCAAGUUAGACACUAAGAGGAAAUCCAGCAACAGGGGACACUGUUAUCGCCAACGUUGACAGAAACCUCAGGGGCAUGUGCCUUCUCUAAGGACUGGGCCACGGUCACUGGAUGUGGCCUCAGGUAGAGACCGAUGUCGUUGACCCCAAUCACGCACUUGGAACCACUGUUUCAUCUCAUCCCCAAAGAGUUGACUCUGUGGGGACCUUUGCAAAAUUUCCCGAUAGGCAUCCAACCUCAUCCGGGUGCCAAGAGUCAAAAUAAAAUACGUGCAACUUUGUAUCUGCAAAAGGCCCAGGGGAGAUGUUGCUUUUUAUUUAUUUUUUUUUCUUUUAUGAUUUAUGAAUCGGCAGCAUUUUGUUCAACAGGAACAGCUUCAAAGAUAGAGAUUGGCAAGAAAAAAAAAAUAGAGAUAUAUACGGCCCAGGGGGGAUCCCCGUUUCCCCAGGGAGAAGUCUCUCCUCUUGCCUUCUUGCUUGUGCAUGGAGAAAUUCAGGAAGGAAAUAAAAGGAUCACAGGGAAUUUAACACCCAAAUGCCACAGAAUCUUGCAUUCGUGUCCUGCAAGCAGAUGCACAAUCACUGGAUCAUAAAUCAAUUUUUUUGUUUGUUUGUUUGUUUCAUUCUGUGCACCUUAAAAGAUCAGGUGAUUCCAACUCACUUUUUCAGAAUGCCCCCCUGGGGACAGUGACAUUUUCGCACACCUUUGCCACACGCCGUCACCUACGUUGCCUGCAACUUUUGGGACCAUUUCAACUGUGAAACCGGCUCAGGACUGUUCAUAGUGGACCCCAAGCCUUCACGGCCGAGGCGCCGGGGGGGCACCCCAGGACUUGCAGAUGGGUCCCCCCCCCCCACGUCUGUCAAAGUCACUGGGUUGACAAAGUGCUUUUCCGAGCAUGUCGACAUUUUUUUUCCUGUCGAAUUUGCUUUUGCAAAAACCACUGGGUCUUAUGUCCCCCGGGACCCUCUUCCCUGAGAACAGGAGGACGCCCUGUGAUUUUUUUUUUUUUUUUUUUAAAUAAGUUUUCAUGUUGUAAACUCUGUUCACUGUGCAGUUCGUCCCUUUUGUGGAGGGGUCUGUUAUUUAAGUUAAAAAAAAAAUCACUCCACGACGUGGGUGGGAUGGGAAGCCCUCCCUCAGGCCGAUCUUGUCAUUGGAUAUUAAUUUUUGCAAUCCUGCACAACUUACAGCUUGAGUCUUUGUGUGUGUGUGUGUGUGUGUGUGUGUGCGCGCGCGCGCUGUGUCUUGUGCUCUGGGCACACGUAGGUCCUCGGUGCACCCUUUGCAGAUCUGGCGUGUGCACCCUGCAGGGCGCUGGGUCCCAGAUCCUCACGAGGAAUUCCAGAAGCCUGUUUCUCGUCCCGCCGAUGCAUUGCACAAAGGAAAUCACUGUGAUUUGUGUGUGUGUGUGUGUGUAUAUAUAUAUAUAUAUAUAUAGGCCCUAGGAAAAUUUUACUGCUAAUUUAUGGAAUAAUAUUAUGGAUUCCAGGUUUUGUUUAAUAAUAAUAAUAAAAUAAAAACUUUGUAUCUUUUAAGAAAUCUGAA